CCAAAAUACCCCUCAUCCAAUAUCUCCUUUUUCAAAUCACGAUUCUCCUUUCCGAUUAAAUCUGCUCUCUUUCACUAUUCCCUUCUUUGUUCCUUCUCGAUGGAGCUUCAGAGGCGCGAGGACCAGGGGCUCUCAGAACGAAAGGGGCAAAAACGGAAACUGGAGGAAGAAACCAAAGAGGACCACGAAAUUUCUGUUCCUACCGGCGACGCCCGCCGCGCUCUUUUGGCCGAAGUUACCGCUCAGGUUAACGUCCUCGACUCCGCCUUCUCUUGGCGCGAAUCUGAUCGAGCAGCUGCCAAGCGUGCGACUCACGUGCUCGCCGAGCUCGCCAAGAACGAGGAAGUUGUUAAUGUGAUCGUUGAAGGUGGUGCGGUUCCGGCUCUAGUGAAGCAUCUGCAAGCGCCUCCAUGUGAGGAUGGCGAUCGAAGCACGAAGCCUUUCGAGCACGAGGUUGAAAAAGGAAGUGCUUUUGCUCUAGGACUUCUCGCCGUAAAGCCAGAACAUCAGCAACUUAUAGUUGAUUCUGGGGCCUUGUCGCAUCUUGUGAAUAUAUUGAGGCGGCACAAGGAUAAUUCUACUCGUGCUGUGAACAGUGUCAUUAGAAGAGCAGCUGAUGCUAUCACCAACCUUGCUCAUGAGAAUAGCAGCAUUAAAACCCGUGUCAGAAUGGAAGGUGGGAUUCCACCUCUUGUAGAGUUGCUUGAAUUUACUGAUACAAAGGUGCAAAGAGCAGCUGCUGGGGCAUUACGAACCCUAGCAUUCAAAAAUGAUGAAAACAAGAAUCAGAUUGUUGAAUGCAAUGCUCUUCCUACUCUGAUCUUAAUGCUAAGAUCAGAAGAUGCUGCUAUACACUAUGAAGCGGUUGGUGUGAUUGGCAAUCUGGUGCAUUCAUCACCAAACAUAAAAAAAGAAGUUCUCGCUGCAGGGGCUUUGCAACCUGUCAUUGGUUUGCUUACCUCCUGCUGCUCAGAGAGCCAAAGGGAGGCAGCUUUAUUACUUGGACAAUUUGCCGCAACUGAUUCUGAUUGCAAGGUUCAUAUCGUACAAAGGGGUGCUGUCAGACCCUUGAUUGAAAUGCUUCACUCUCCUGAUGUACAGCUGAAAGAGAUGUCAGCCUUUGCUUUGGGGAGGUUGGCACAGGACACACACAAUCAAGCUGGUAUUGCGCAUAUUGGUGGUUUACUGCCUUUGUUGAAGCUUCUAGAUUCGAAGAAUGGAUCUUUGCAACACAAUGCUGCAUUUGCUCUUUAUGGUCUUGCAGAUAACGAGGAUAAUGUAUCCGAUUUUAUUAGGGUGGGUGGUGUCCAGCGGCUGCAAGAUGGAGAGUUUAUUGUCCAAGCAACAAAAGACUGUGUAUCCAAGACAUUGAAAAGACUAGAGGAGAAGAUUCAUGGGCGGGUUUUGAACCAUUUGCUGUAUCUGAUGCGUGUGGCAGAGAAGCCAGUUCAAAGACUAGUGGCUUUGGCUCUAGCACAUCUUUGUUCCCUCAAUGAUCAGAGAACUAUAUUCAUAGAUAAUAACGGACUUGAGCUGCUUCUUGGGCUUCUUGGUUCUACAAGCCCUAAACAGCAACUUGAUGGUGCUGUAGCUCUUUUCAAGUUGGCCAACAAAGCUAUGACUCUUUCUCCUAUGGAUGCAGCUCCCCCUUCUCCAACACCACAGGUUUAUUUGGGGGAGCAAUAUGUGAACAAUGCUACAUUAUCUGAUGUUACCUUCCUAGUUGAAGGUUGCUAUGUGAUCUGCCUACUUGAAGCUCUGAUACUUGCCAUGGAGAAACAUUUGGUGAUGGGUCAAAAAAUAGCUUUUGUUGUAAUUAAGAUCCUCUCUUUCUUUUCUCUUGCAGGUAGACGGUUCUAUGCUCACAGAAUCUGCCUGCUUGCUUCUUCAGAUGCAUUUCGUGCUAUGUUUGAUGGUGGUUAUCGGGAAAAAGAUGCAAGGGAUAUUGCAAUUCCAAACAUCAGAUGGGAGGUUUUUGAGUUGAUGAUGAGAUUUAUAUACACGGGAUCAGUAGAUGUUAUGUUGGAUAUUGCACAAGAUCUGCUCAGAGCAGCUGAUCAAUAUCUUUUAGAGGGACUUAAGCGACUCUGUGAGUAUACUAUUGCACAGGAUAUAUCGCUGGAAAAUGUUUCAAGCAUGUAUGAGCUCUCUGAAGCUUUUCAUGCUAUAUCAUUGAGGCACACUUGCAUUUUGUUUAUCUUGGAGCAUUUCGAUAAAUUGAGCGCAAGACCCGGGCACUUGCAACUAAUCCAGCGCACAAUUCCAGAGAUCCGCAAUUACUUUGCCAAAGCACUUACAAAACCUAACCCACAUAACCUGCGGCUAUAGAAGACUGGUUUUUAACUCCUCAUCUCUAACUAGAUACGUUGUACAGAAAGUAGCAAAUCGUGUUGAUGUGGUGGAGUUGUAAUUGGUUCUUUGUUCAUAAUCAUAUCAUGAUGCCAGAGUUUAUGUUGCAUGUAGGAAAAAGUAGUUUAGUUUCUUCUUUGAUCGAUCGUCUUUAGAUGUUUGAGAAUAUGGCCUCCACUUUUCAUGUUCAUGGAUUGUGUUGGUUAUUAGAUUUAAAUGUAUUCUGACAUUCAUUCAAAGUUAUUGUGAUUUUUGAGCAGUAACAAAUUUCUUCAUGUUCCUCUCACACGUGUGCCAUGAAUAUGCAUGAUUUUCUUGUGCUAAAAGUUGGGAGUGCUUUAAGGGGGCUUUGCUUCGAGGAUUUUGAGAUUCUUUCAUUGAGGUAAUUUUCAUGUUUGGUUCAUGAAAUGUGAUUCACGAGACUUUUAAGAUUACUAACAGCAUCAAGAAGUAGAAUAUAAAAUUUAUUUUACUUUUGUCCUCAAUAAUUAGUAUGUAGUGUCAUAAAAAUGUCAUCAUAAAUCAAAGCUCAAUUUGACAUGCAAAAACCUCAUCAUG